AUGGCUCCCAACGAUAGAAGGCAUGUUUCCGAGCAGGAAAAACGCUCGAUGGCAUCCAAAUUCACAGAGUUCAUGGACGAGAUCCUUGCAUUGCAGGAUUCUGAGGGAAACGAGUUCUCCGAGAUGUUCCAAGUUCUUCCCUUACGUGCCAACACAGAUUAUUAUAAAGUGAUCCGUAAACCAAUGUCCUACUCGAAAAUUAGAUCCACCAUCAAAGGAAACAAAUAUUCCCAUCCACAGCAAUUUAUUAACGACAUUGUGCAAAUAUCGUGGAACGCCCGGUUCUAUAACGAGAAAACGUCUGUUUACUACGAAUGUGCCACGGUUCUUGAUAACUAUAUCCAACAAACCAUCAUCCCAACUAUUAAAAAGGAUACGUCGAUUCCAGCACAUUCAGACGUGUAUUAUCCCAACCUCGGAGCUCUGCCAGGAGAGGAAGACAACUUUGCAAUGCCAAUGGCCUCGCCAACUCCUCCGCCAGCCACACGCCAGUCUAAAUCCAGAGGGGAAUACGACGACGACGACUACGAAGAGGAAGACGUGGACGAAACAAGAAACCAGGAUGACGAUUACCAGGAUGACGAUUAUCAAGAACCAAGCGUGAAUUCCAACGCUCUUACACGUCAGCAGACUCCAGUCAACUCCUAUUCGGGAGGAUACAGCCAAGCUGGACUGCCUAAUUAUAAUCCAUCCAACUAUGUCUCCAAGACAGAACGGGCUCCUCAGUCAAACUACUAUUAUCCACCAACCCGGAACGUUGCCAAGUCGAAUGAGCAGCUGUUGGAAAACUGGGUCAAACGAGGAAGACCUCCGAUUGUGGACCAGCCACACGAGCAACGUAUUAAAAGUAUCAUGAGAGGACUCAAGAAGAUCAAGGUUAACGGUAAGACCAUCAUCACUGUUUUUGACAAGCUGCCAAACCAGCAGGACCACCCGGAAUACUACCGGAUUGUCAAAGAGCCAAUUUCCAUGCUGGACAUCAAGGGAUUGAUCAAACAGAGACAUUACCAAACAGUGGAUGCGUAUAUGGCCGAUGUUUUCAAGCUGAUUGCCAACUCCAAGGCGUAUUACACAGCGAACUCGGCCAUGCUCAACAACGUGCAUCUUCUUGAGUCGAACAUCACCAGACUGUACCAUAUUGAAAUGCAAAAGCCAGACAGCGAUUACGGAGACGUUGUGACUUCGAAAGUCCCUGUUCCGUUUUUGGUGUACGAAGGAAGAACUUAUAAAGUCGGUAACUGGGUCAUGUUGAAGAAUCCAAACGAUCCAAACAGACCAAUUGUUGGACAAGUUUUCAGAAUGUGGCAGGAGCACGGAAAGAGCUACGUGAACGUUUGCUGGUACUACAUGCCAGAAUGGACGUCUCACAGUUACGACCGGUUGUUCUUGGAAAACGAGGUGUUCAAGACUGGUCAGUACAGAGACCAUCCUGUUGAGGAUAUUGUGGGUCCAUGUUAUGUUGCGUACUUCACAAGAUGGCUCAAAGGUGAUCCGGCUGUCAAGUACGAAGGUCCGCUGUUUAUCUGUGAGUUCAGAUACAGCGACAGAGAAUUGUCUUUUGCCAAAAUUAGAACAUGGAGAGCUUGUUUGCCUGACGAGGUCAGACACAUUGAAGACCCGGUGACGCCUAUCGACCGGCCAAGAGUGUUGAAAAAGUUCCCUUCGCCAAUCAAGUAUAUGCUUCCACCGAACGCUGUGCCGUCCGAAAAGCCACCACCACCAACGAUUUUGAAUUUGAAUGCUCCGCCGUUGGUUGGAGGUAUCCACAUUUUUGAGCCAACUCCAGACAGCGAGCCUCAUGACGAUCCGAACUACUACGACGGUUCGUUGAAGAGCAACGAGUACAAAACGUACGUUCCACCGUCUCCUAAUAUUAGACUGCCGAUGCUUCACUCUGACCAAAGUCCUCCGCCCCAGAAUAUGCCUAUGCCUCCUAACUCGUCUGGAUAUCCGUCCUCGAUGUCGAACAUGCAGCCGUUUAACUUUCAGUCGCCGUACCAGAACAACGGCACCCAGUACAACAACUACCAGAGCCAGCCGUCUGUUCCGUCGUACGGUACCGUUUAUGGUGGCAAGAAGGUUGUGCAAACGUCGUACAACAAUCUGGCAUACCAGUACUCUCCGUUCAACCCACCUUCUUACUGCCAGUCGUUUAUUUUGCCAACCACGCAGGAGUUCAAGAUGCCGAAAGCUGUUCGCGAGCGGUUUGAACGCAUUGACAGUACUAAUUUCCAGAGAUUUACCAAGAAUCUUGCACAGAACAACUACUUGAAUGGGUCGAUCGACUCGAUGAGCAAGCCCGAGGACUAUCCGGAAGACGAGCUGACGCCGAUGGUGUGGUACCGGGGUCCACCGCAGUACAUUCCUACAAGAAUCAUUUCUGAAGAAGACUUUGGCGACCAAGACCAGGAUCUUCCGUUUAUUAAGAAGAAACGUGUGGGCGAGGCAAUCCAGCCCGUGCGUCUGGGCCACAGCGCAAAGUAUCUGGCCUGGAAAUUGGCUGCAUCCAAUAGCAACGGCACUACUGCCUAG